CUCCGCUCUCGCCCUCUGCGUCCGCUCCGCCCGUCUCGGCCCGUGCCUCCAUCCGGCCUCUCUCCACUCGUCUCGACCCCGCGCGCUCCCACACUCUCCAUGGCGGGCGGCUCGCUCGCGCUAGGUCAAGCUGGUGCCUCGCCCAACCGCCGCAAGCGCAAGGCCCCGGCCCCCUCCGCCGCCUUAGAGGCUGAGGCGGAGGCUGAGGAGGAGGUAGAGGAGCUGGAGAAGGAGUUGGCGGAUCUGGACCGCCGCAUCCUCGAGCACCGCCGCGGCACCGCUACCCGCCUCCUCGACGCCGCCGCCUCCCACCUCGCCGCGCUUCGCCCGCCCGCCCGCCUGGAAGUUCCAACGGAAACAUCAAUUGCUGAGGAUGACCAAGAGAAGCUUGAAAAACUGAAGAUCCUCAAAUCCAAGAUCGAGGCUAAUAUUACUGCUUUGCCAAAGGUACUUGAGGGUGUGAAUGAAUCCGUUGCGCGGUGUGAGAAGUUGGAGAAUUUGAAUUUGAAUAUACAUCCUGCUUUCCAAAGAAAACGGUAGAGUCUGACAUAUUAUGCAUGCGACUGUGUGUGGUCACUCCUUAAUCAGCUUGCCAUUUGUACCGUUGAAUACUGUCUUGUCAGUAUUUAGCUGAGAUUGAUUACUGACAAGAUAUCCAUAAUUAGAUGUUGGAUGUAAUAUGUUUUCUAGGUGUAUUUAGCCAGAAAGCACUGCGUUGUUGGAUGUGAGUUCUGUAGUUUUGGCACUGACCAUUGUGUCGCGUGAAAUAUCAUAGCAGUGCCAUUCACAGGAAGCUACUUGCAAGUUGCAACUGGAGCAGAAAGAUCGAUUCAGUAAGAGACUCGUUGCGUUUUCUGCAUUAAGAUUGAAUUGCUGGUAGAUGACAGGAAAAGUACAAUUAUAUUGGUCUCGUUUGUGUAU